AUGUCCUCCUCUCAUUCUCAUUCUGAUCAUCCUCACCCUCACCCUCAUCGACGCCGCUCCUCCAUCGCCAUUGACACCGACGCCACCCUCACCGAGCCCUUCCCCGACUUCUCUCCCUCUGUCGUCACCUCCCCCGAGUUUGGACGAGAGGGCGCAUCCACCAGCGCGUUCGUCCAGUCCUCGUCCUCGGGAGUCGCCUCUGCACAAGUGGCCGGUGACAGCAACAGCACCGAGAUCGAGAUGGAGCCCAUUCUAGGACACAGGAGGCGAAAGAGCAGCGCCCUCAACAACACUCCCCAAGCCGCACCAGCAGCUGCCGGCGCUGGUGGCAGAAAACACCUUUCGGCCGGUUUGCCUGACCGCUCAGACUUGUUGGAGGAAACCGGAGGAAGCAGCAGCACAUCGACCAACUCUGGAAACGACGACGAUGGCCACGGGAGGCCCAGCUUCAGCGAUGAGGAUCUACACAGUGACGAGGAGACGGGAUUGAGCAACAAGGAGCGUGCCCGGAGGCAGAAGAAGCGCCGGAGAAUAACACAGCUGGGACAGCGCAUUGCGCGUGACAAGUCGUUGUCGGAAGAAGAGCGCCAGGAAGCAGACAAGGACGUCGUCAAGAAGCUGCUUGUCAAUGUCGUAUUGAUUCUGCUGUGGUACUUCUUUUCACUAUCCAUCUCGCUGUACAACAAGUGGAUGUUUGACGAAGAUCGCCUCAACUUUGCGUUCCCACUAUUCACAACGUCGAUGCACAUGGUGGUGCAAUUUAUCCUCUCCGGCCUCGUCCUCUUCUUCAUUCCGUCAUUACGGCCGCAGAAAUCCCACACAUCCGACAUGGGCAGAUCCCGGGUUGGACCUUGCGGUGCUGCCACCGGUCUCGACAUUGGCUUGGGAAAUACUUCACUCAAGUUUAUCAGCUUGACAUUUUACACCAUGUGCAAGUCCUCCUCUCUCGCAUUCGUUCUCCUGUUCGCAUUCGCCUUUGGCCUCGAAAAGCCCACCUGGCGCCUCGUCGCCAUCAUUGCAACCAUGACAAUGGGCGUCAUCCUCAUGGUGUUCGGUGAAGUCGAAUUCAAGCUCGGUGGCUUCGCUCUCGUCAUUUCAGCAGCCUUCUUUUCCGGCUUCCGCUGGGGCCUCACCCAGAUUCUGCUUCUUCGCAACCCCGCGACUUCGAACCCCUUUUCCAGCAUCUUCUUCCUUACGCCAGUCAUGUUCAUCACUCUGUUUUCCAUUGCAAUCCCUGUUGAGGGCUUCGUUCCUCUCUGGGAAGGCUUGAAGACUCUCAGCGCCGAAUGGGGCACCUUCAUGACGCCCUUGUUCCUUUUAUUCCCAGGUUGUAUCGCCUUUUGUAUGACGGCAUCCGAGUUCGCCUUGCUGCAGCGUACAUCCGUCGUCACGCUCUCCAUUGCCGGCAUCUUCAAGGAGGUCGUCACCAUCUCGGCCGCCUCCGUCGUGUUCAAGGACAAACUCACCCUCAUCAACUUCAUCGGCCUCAUCACCACCAUGCUGGCCAUCAUCGCCUACAACUACGUCAAGAUUAGCAAGAUGCGCGAGGAGGCCCAGGUCCAAGUCCACGUCCGCGUCACCGACGUCGACGCCGGCAUGAGCACUAGUGCCAGCGACUUUGAAAACGACGACAGCGCCGAGGAGACAGCUGGGCUCCUUGCGCAGAACAUGGAGAGGGGCGACGCCCUCGUCACGUCCGACGGCGAUAUUCAGCCCAACGGCGUGCGGUCCUCGCACCAAAGAGAUGCGUCGAGAGAUCGCCUACUAAGAAGGGACAGCUAA